UUUCACAUCACUACGAGAGUGCUUUCACCAUCACUCAACACAAACCUCUCCUCUCACCGCUCAAAAUCUCUUUCAACGUGUUCUUAAAUUCCUCCACCGAAACCCAAAAUCUCUUUCAAUGCGUUCUUAAAUUCCUCCACCGAAACCCUAAACCUAAAACCCUUUCAAUUUCCCCCUAAUCGAAUCGAUCUUCCCAUCGAAAACCCUAAUUCCUUGAUCAUUCUCGACCAUGGACAUUGAACAGAGACAAUCGGAACUCAUCGAUCAAUUCGUCAAGCAGGCCUCUGCUGCUUCCAACACUUCCGCUAUCUCUUCCGUCAUUGUCGAUGCUACUUCUCACCCUUUGCUCUUCGCUUUCUCUGAGAUUCUCGCUCUCCCCAAUGUUCUUCAGCUUGAAGCAACUGAUGAAAAAUUCUACCUUGAUCUGCUUCGCCUGUUUGCACAUGGAAUAUGGAGUGACUACAAGAGUAAUGCUGAUCGCCUUCCACAAUUGGUACCUGAUCAGAUCCUCAAGCUUAAGCAACUUACAGUUCUGACACUCGCUGAGACCUACAAGGUACUACCCUAUGACCAAUUGAUGCAGGAGCUAGAUGUGACAAAUGUUCGCGAGCUUGAAGAUUUUCUGAUUAAUGAGUGCAUGUAUGCGGGAAUAGUAAGAGGGAAGCUGGAUCAGUUGCGACGAUGCUUUGAGGUCCAAUUUGCAGCAGGUAGGGACUUGAGGCCUGGUCAAUUGGGGAACAUGAUACAGACACUCUCCGACUGGUUAUCUACAUCAGAAAAUAUGCUUGUUUCAAUUCAAGACAAGAUAAAAUGGGCUGACUCAAUGAGUGAAGUUGACAAGAAGCACCGGAAGGAGGUGGAAGAGAAGGUUGAUGAAGUGAAGAAGUCCAUCUUCAAGAAGUUACACACUGUAAGCAGGCCGACAUCGACUUCCGAGGGCAUGAGGAGAUCUGCGCUGAAUCUGGUGGAGUGAUGGAUUAUGAAGAAGAUCGAAGCCGACCAAAGAGGAGGCGGCAUCCGAUAUCUUGAGGAUUGUAGUAGAUAAAGUAGCUCAAUGAAUUGGGUGUUUUAGUUGCUUGCCUGACUUUUAUUCAUGGCAUGCGUCAAUUGAGAAUAUCAGCUUUUGGAGACAAGUAAAACUCAUCCAUAUUGCACUUGUCUAGCACCACAAAGCGAGUUAGGAACAAGGAACAAAAAGGAACACUUUUUUUAUUUCUGAGGCCGUAUUUUGGAAAUUGAUAGUAUUUCCGGAACCAUUGUUAAUACUAUAUACUGUGUUGGUUAGAACAAGCUGAGUUGGUGGUGCGGCUUUUAUUUUAGGUUGCUAAAUGCUACAGUUUCUUCUUCUUUUCUAUGCUUCAUUUAUACCGCCUCAAUUGCAUUGCUAUAUAUAUAUAUA